GAAGCAUCUAUAGACCAAGCACAUCAAGGCCUUGCGGCUGCUAGGAUUGGUUUGCGAAGCCAUGGUUCUUAGGAGAGUGGUCAUGGCUGGCAUGCGGUGUAGUUGCUCUACCGCUACUUCAGCCCAGCCAGCCCAGCCCAACUUGCAGCAACUUCUAGAUUCUUGGACAGCGCUACCAAUGGUCAGAGCACUCGUGCAGCUAGGAGUGCCUGAUGAAUUGUCUCCAGACACUUCCAUCCCUGCUGCUGACAUCGCAAAGAUCGUCAGCGCCGAUCCAGAAAUGCUACGACGGGCAGUCCGCUAUGUGGCAGGCAUCGGCGUGUUCAAGGAGAUGCCUGAUGGACGGAUUGCCCACUCAGAGACGUCCCUGCAGCUUCGUAAGGGUGGGGCGCUUCGGAACAAAGUUCUCUACAGGCUUUCUGAAGAGAUAGUAAUGCCUUAUGUUCAUGGUUCUCUCAAGAUCCUGCAAGAUCCAAGCAAGAGCGGCUUCGCCCAUUUGAAUGGCAUAGAUUACUUUACUGAAUGGCUUCCAAAGCAUCCUGAGAGUGAGGCUCUCUUUGGCCAGUAUAUGUCAGAGGCCACAUCUGCAAUGAUGGGGUUGAUUGAAGAUGCCUUCCCGUGGCCGCGUUCAGGCGUCAUCGCAGACAUUGGAGGAGGAAACGGUCAUCUGCUGCGCGCGUUAUUGCAGAAGGGUGCAGCACAGGGUGUUUUGUUCGAUCUACCCUCCGUCAUCGAGACCUCCCGGCAACACUGGCCAGAUGGUGACCUCAUGCGUGGCAGCAGCGUGACAUACAUGCCAGGCAGUUUCUUGGAAGCCGUGCCAGUGAAAGCAGACAUCUACGUGCUGAAGUGGAUCCUGCACGACUGGAGUGAUGCUGAUUGCAUUCGGAUCCUCUCCAAUCUUCAGGCUUCCGCUCCCAAGGAGAGCCAGGUGGUCGUGAUCGACAUGUUGGUGCCUGAAGAUCAGCCAAAUCAGUAUCAUGUGGCGAAAUUCUUCGACGUGCAUAUGGCCAUCGGCUACGGGGGGAAGGAAAGAACUGUGGCAGAGAUGAGGUCUUUGGCGAAGGCCAGUGGUUUUGUGAUGGUUGAAGUUCUUCCGGUCGGCCGCUCGCCCUUUGCCUGCUUUGUGCUGAAGAAGAGCGAAGCUGAGCUGUGAAAGUACCAGUGCAAGUCGCGGCCACGUUGGAUGUGCAGCACGCAAAAGGAAAGCAGACACUUCUUCAAUAUAUUCCGCAUCCCCUGGGCGCAGUUUGUAGAUGUGUUUCAGCUGACCGCUGAUGGUCGCUUCAUAGCAGGGUCUCAAGAUGG